AUGCCUGGUUACACAUGCGAUCGUAUCUGCGAGAAUGGAAAGUCUGUUGAUCCCAAAUACCUCUGCCUCCACUGUGAAAAGGUAUUGAGGGAUCCAGUUCAGACGAGCUGCGGUCAUCGCUACUGCAAGUCAUGUGUGGAGUCAUUGUUAAGGUAAUACAUCAAAGGAAAUAAAGUUUUUCCUUUCCUUGAUACGCCUUAUUGUGCUUGUUAAAUUUCUCAGUUCAAGAUCCUAUCAGCUGAAAUGGUAGUCUUGUAGUAUGAUUUGCCUAUAGCACUGUCAUGGCCAAAUGCAACAUUUAACAGGUCCAGCAUCAAACGAUCUGAUUUUUGUCAACAUGAUAUUUAUAUCAGGCAAAUUCCAUCGUUAGGUUGCCCUCUCCAAGGUGUGUGGUGGAUGGGGAAGAGUUCGGAGAGGUAAGACAAUCAGUUUGUUCUUGUCGAAAACUGAGUUAUACGCUAAUUGCAGAGUAUUUUCUACCGAAUCCAUCUUUUGCAAAGUUCUUACAAAAAUGCCUUUUAGCACCAUUGUAUAAUCGGGAGGCACUGCACUUUAUUUUACUAAACAUCGGAAAGUGAAGUAACGAACCUAACAUGUGGGCUGCAUCGAAGGCAAUUGGGGAGAAGAAGCCGAAAAAUAACUUUCAGGCUUUGACAAGGAGGAUUCGAACCUGUGCCUCUCAGGUCAGCUAGUUGGAUGUACAUGAGGAGAUCUUGAACUCAUGGGAGAAUUAGGUUCACUGUCACUGUCUCUAUCUUACAGACAGAGAGGUGACCAGGAGUGGUUAGCUUUCAGGGCUCCACAGUGAACGUUCUGCCGAGGUUCGACAAUGACAGGGACAUUCUGUUGUGUAGUGUCUUUGCCAAGGCAUUCCACUGCCUCAGAGCCUCUUUUUGCAUCUGCGAGUAUUAAAGAGUACCAGAAAGGUAACUUGUUAGGAUAACUUGACAAAUUGAUUGAGGUGGAGGGGGGGAGGGGGGCUGCCAUGGAUUGUAGGACGGGAGGGUAGUAAUAUUCCUAAUCGCUUCAUGUUACGGGAACCAAGAUAAGCCCAGUGAGGGUACCAGGCCACCUGGCUCACAGUCAACCCCACUCUUUGAAACCAACGGUGCAUCUUUCCAAGAGACCAGAAUAGCGAUCUCAAUCUUAAUGUUUACAUAGAUAAACUGAUCUAAAAAGGAAUUUUUUCUCCCACCAUUAGAUAUUUGAAGACAAGUUUGCGCAGCGUGAAAUCCUGUCGUUACCAGUCCAGUGUGAAAAUCACUGCGACGGCUGCGAGUGGAGUGGGGAAUUGAGGCAGUUCGAGGUAUGUUUGCAUCAAUUUCAUUAUAUAUUUUGGAGCCUAUGAAGCUAACUAGAAAGAUGCAUUCCUAGAUCAUAAGAGCAUUAAGGAUGAAAAAAUAGACAUAAACCUAAAUCAUGCAUUACUGUCUGAGAAAUGUUCAUGGAUAAAAGACGGAGAUGGGUUGAGGUUGAGGAACCCUGAGAGGUCUACUGGUAACGAUUAUUGAGUUGUUAUGAUUUUACAUCGACAGUCAGCAUCUGGCUCAGACGUCGAGAAGCUUAUAAUGCACACUAAGUUCUAACUCGUGACUGUUCAUUUCAGAAACACGAGGCCCAGUGUCCCUAUGCCAAGGUCCAAUGUGUGCAUCCCAGUUGCGGAACCCUGGUUCAGAGAGAUGACUUAUCUCGGCACCUUGUGGAGGAUUGUAUCUUCAGAGAGCAGCAGUGUGGGUAUUGCUCCAUAAAGACUACAGCUGAUAAGCUUGAGGUAUAGUCAGUCUUUUUUUUUUAUUAUUAUUUGAUAAAUUUCUAUGCACGCCGAUAUUUUCUUAUCAGAGCUGAUGGAAAUUGUAAAAUAUAGCAUUCAACGUGUCAUGACUUCUUCAAACAAAUCACUGCAGAUUGAAGGCCAAAAAAACAAAAAAAAAACAAAAACCAUUCUUUUCUAGUAAAUAAGAUCUCAAGCUCUGAAUUUGAUAUGCAAACAUGUAAAGAUUUAACUCUGAUUGGUGAGAUGCACGGAGCAUCCAGCUGAUGUUACCAUAUGUCGCAUGACAAGUAUUCAUAAUGAUUAGCAUUUCUAGCACAGCAGCAGUCGAUUUCAAACUGGAGCUGCGUCGGUGGGAGAGUAUAGCAGGUAAUUUAGUGUUAACAACUAGGUUGAAAACGUAAAUUUCAAACUCAUAUUGACAUUCUUGAUUGUAAACUGUAGGAUCACCAUGAAAAGGAGUGCCUAGAAUACCCUGUGGAUUGUUUGCAGUGUAAAACUGAAAAAAUUCCACGAAAGCAGGUAAAGUUAUCAGUCAAUCCUUCUGUAACUUUUGUUUUGUACACAAAGGCGUAACUUGUUAUCAUUUACUACAUCUCAAUUAGAUUUCCGAUCAGGUUUUUUACAGAACCGGUAAAUAUCGCAUUCUUGUCUCUGAAUACCCACAGGCAGCCUGUUUAAAAAUUUGAUAUCCACAGUAGUGUUCAUCAAUAAGAAGUUCAAAAAGAGAAAAUCUUUGAUAGAUUACCAUAAACAGAAUUGUUGUUCCGUUUUGAUUACAGCUUUCGAGUCACCUUGAUCCUGUUAAUGGAGACUGCGAAGCUGUUAAAGCUCCGUGUCCUUUUCAUAAAGUGGGAUGCAAACAGAAAGGGGUGAGUAUUAAGAGAGAGAGAGAGAGAGAGAGAGAGAGAGAGAGAGAGAGAGAGAGAGAGAGAGAGAUAGAGAUUAAGAGAACGAUUACUGUAAAUCAAUUUUAUUUUGACAACUUGACGGGUAAACACACAAAGAGAGUGAUAGAUGAAGUUCCUAAAGAAAUCGAUCACAAUUCUAGAUGCGACUCUAAGGUUGAUCAGCCUCUCUCAAAAACGAACUAAAUUCAUUUGUAUCAGAAAGUGUGUGUACAUUUUUAAAAAAAUUAACUAUACCUCUAGAUCUAACGGGGAGUUGGUGUGUCUAUUUGCAGGAAAUGAAAAGGAAAGAACGUAGAAGACACCAGGAUAAACAAGUAUCUGAUCAUUUGACACUCCUUUUUCUGUUUGUGGACCAAUUGUCUAACUUGUUUCAUUCCAAACUUGGCAAUGUUGACGCCGGAGUCAUUUCUAAAAUGGAUGCAAUCCUUAAAACUUUACAAAACAAGAUAGAUGUCGUAAUCGGUGAAAAUUCUAACCUAACAUCAAUGGUUCAAGGACAUGGCACUCGCAUAAGUAAUCUUGAACAAAAUAUCAAGCGUUAUUUAAUGGAUGACGUGGUAGCCGACAGCGCUCCCUUAAAUUCAUCAGCGCAUCGCUCUUCGCAAGCUGAAAUUGUGAAUAUUCUACAAAAGCUGGACAAUCAGGAUGCUAAGGCAGCCAAUCAUGAAGUUCUUUUGGUUGAAUUUAACUCGGAAAUGCAAAUGAAAAUUACUGACUUCACCCGAAAACGAAAUGAGGCGAGAUCCGGCCAACACGUAUCUACUUAUAGUCCCUGUUUCUAUACUAGUCGUCACGGUUAUAAGAUGUGCGCGCGCAUCUAUCUAAACGGUGAUGGUAUCGGAAAGGGAACACAUUUUUCAAUAUUCUUUGUUGUUAUGCGCGGUGAGUAUGACGCAAUACUCCACUGGCCAUUUAGACAAAAGGUCAGCUUUAUGUUAUUAGAUCAGGAUAACGUAGAACACGUAGUUGACGCCUUCAGACCUGAUCCGAGUAGCUCCUCAUUCCAGAGACCAAAAAGGGAUAUGAACAUAGCCAGUGGGUGCCCGACCUUCUGUGCUAUGACACAGUUAAACAACCACGCUUAUGUAAAGGACGAUACUAUGUUUAUCAAAGUUAUUGUUGAUACUGGGGACUUAUAACCUUUAAAUAAAGCUGCAAUGUUUUUUUUCCUGCAUAAUUUUGUUGAUCUGAAUUUAUAAUGCAUUAUAUGAUAAUAUUCGAGUGCUAUUGGCCUUAACGGGUUAUUGAAAUGAAUGUAAGCUAAAAGUGUUUAAUGUAUAAGCAAGAUAUUGUAAUCUGUUUACAUUCUCUUGCUUUGAAUGAUAACCCCUUCUUUUCCAACCCACGUUUGUUACUUAAAAAAAAAUAGUAUUUUCUGUGAUUAUAUUUGAAAAGACAAACCUGCCCAUAAUUAUACUGAAAAAUUUAUCGCACCAGAAUCAUUUUCAAUAAUAGGCUGUUUUUGAAUGUUUUGUCGCUCGCACUGCUCAGAAUAUUUGAACAGUGAGCUCAACGGCAUUCAUUUAAAGCCGAAAUCUGCACAUGAUGUUAUCAAUGAACUUUCCCUCUUCCUCGACGCUUCCGGAUUGCUACCCGAAACAGACAAAUUUAGUUCGCAGAGAAGCAUCUCGCUUCUACUUGAGGCUGUUGUUUAUACAUAUAAUUCUUCCUUUAGUGUGACACAUUUGCAGCGAUCCUUAAUCCACUAGGACAAUAAUGUAGAUAUAGAUGCCUUGCAUUUCUGUAUAACUAAGAAAAUCAAGAGGACGAUCAGGACUUUGAAGGAUGUGAAUCCUUUGAUUACACCAUUGAAAACAGUAAAAAAUCUGGAAAAAAAAAUGAAAAAUUAAUAAGAGCAUAGGAAAACAAAAACAAACAGAAGUUCUUUCGAUCGAAAUGAAAAUGACGGACCCUCCUCUUCUCUAUUCUCACCUUUAAUCACUUGAUCCAGGUCGUCAUCAUCGUCAUCAUCGUCAUCGUUAACCCCCUUAUUGUCAUCACCAUUAUUAUCAUCAUUAUCACCUUCAUGGUCAUCAUCGUCAUCAUCAUCAUUAUCAUCUUCAUUGUCAUCAUCAUCAUUAUCAUCUUUAUAGUCAUCUACGUCGUCGUCAUCAUCAUCAUCAUCUUCAUAGUCAUCACCAUGGUCAUCAUCCUCAUCAUCAGGGUCUUCAUCAUUGUCACCAUGGUUGUCAUCGUCAUUAUCCUCGUUAGGGUUAUCAUCGUCGUCAUCACUAUCGCUGCCGUCUAGGUGUGCCUAACACCAUGUAAAAACAUUUACCUUCUUAGUGAAGGGAAAGGAUUCUGAAGGAUUAAAGUAGCAGCCUAAACAGGGUUGCUUACCUUAAAUAUCGAUUUACAUUUACUAUUCUGAUCACCUUUUUCAUACAUUUGUCACCAAUUCAUCUUUCUCGGAAAUAGAUGUGUUUUAAAGUGGUUCGACGGUGUGUAUUCUGAGCCUUGUUUUAAUUCGCUUGCCCACGUUUUGCAGACAUUAUAAUAAAAAAAAACUAGACUUACCAUAAAAAGAAGCAUAAAAUGUGUAGUAGCAAAAAAGCACCCUUUUCCCCGAAGAACAAAAAGGGUUUUCGUGAACACGUGUUUGUUUGAUUAUAUUUAUAUUUCAGAUGCAUAUAUACAAAAGCGCUAAGAAAAUAUUCCCCUGACUAAAAGUUAUGUUUGUUUAUCAGCAUGAAUAUGUCUAGACGAAUGUAUGGAAAACGUUGUGGAUUUCGGGAAAGGAAGACUCACUAUCCUCACCGAAAGUAAGCUAUUACUGAAGAGUGAGUAACAUACCCAGCUACGUUACUUAUAAUACCUUAGUUGGACAGCGUUUAGACUGAGACAACGGACGCUGUCCUUGAUUUCCAUUCAAUUCCAUCAUGGUUGUACAUUGAUUUGGAAAUAACUGUGAAAAGUGACUUUUGUAUGAUUCUUGGAUAAAACUACCGAGCAUUUGAUAUGGAACCACUACUGCACAGAUCACGCGACACCAAUUUCCUCUACCUCAGCGUUUGUCUUAAUAGCCUUUUAAUUUAACCUUUAAUAACCGUUGAAUUAAUAUCAAGCGCUCUAAAAAUCCUGUUUGAAAGCACAAGGAAAUGCAAUCAAUCUUCCACAGGGCGGUUUCUUAAGAUACCCAUCAAUUAACGUGAAUUAAAUCGAAAAUAACACGAAUGAGGAAAUAUAAUACAGGAAGGGAAACGGUAACUACGCAGAAUAUUAAGUGGAAGAAAUUGACAUUUGCGGUAGCUGCACUUAAUGAAUCGAACAGACGUAGGCAUGUCUAAAUAAUGGACAAAACUGUAUCAUGACUGUCUACUAAACCUUGCUAGAGAAGGGGAACCUGAUCAGUUUGUUUUUCUCAUGUUGUUAUUUAAUCGGUUUUCAUUUAUAAGGAAUUUCCCUUCAGCCAAGGACGGGUUUUUCCCUUGGCAGGUAAUGCGUAAAACUUUAAUUCGAUUGUCAUGACAGGUAAACCACCUAAUACCAUCUAGCAAAAGCUGAAAUAAAAUAAAAAGAAAACAUUCCUUUAAAUGACAAAAAUAAAAGAGUCAUGAUUGGCUUUACUUAUUUGUGAUAAUUCCUAACACAAGUAUAAGUGGGUAUCCAAACGGUUUGGUUUGAUUUCCGCUUUGUGGACUUUAGCGUUUUGAUGGGGGGAACCCCCUUCUCAAGCCAUUGCGUAUUGUAUAUGAUAUUAUGUUGAAUCACUAAAGGGCCAACUGUUUAAAAAGGCUGUCUUGAAGCCGUUCGUCAGCGAGACGUUAGUGACUUUGUACAGGGACUUGGUUAAACAGGACUUAGCGUUGCUUCACAGUACAAUUGGUAAGUUACGUUUAAAUAAGUGUAGUUUCAAGCGAUACUGUUAACCAAUUUGACUAUUUUAGUUAUUAGUGACAACACCAAAGUAUUGUGUUAUGGAUAUUCAAAAUGUGCCGUUUGAUUUCAUUCCAAGUUCCCAUACUUCAACUCUGAAAAUACCCUGAAUUCUGGCCUUUAAAGCUUUUUUUCUUCGAGCUUCUCACCUAUCUAGGGGCAGUUUCUCUAGAAAGGACAGACAAAAAUUGGCUAAGACUUAAUAUUCGUACUUUACCCGUUUUCGCGCUAGUUACUGUCUUUGAGAUACAGCAGCUAUAACGUACAGAGAGCUAAAUGAAUUUGACCUUUCACGUUCCCUCAACCGCUUACAUUGAAUACAAACAGUCCUUCAAGGCUUCCAACGCGACAACUUGAAACAGACAAGAAUCAUUAAACAUUCCGAAUUAGUAAGCGUGAAGAGGCAGGUAACAAAACAAAGAUGUAGAUUACAAACACUUGUCUGUCACACAAAACUGCGUGACUUAUAAACGUGUCACGAUGCUGAACAGAGACAUGAAUUUUCGGGAACAGUUUUUAAUGUAUAUGAUAUCUACUUAAAUCUUCCCUUGGUCUAUGGUUGUGCGAAUAUAUUGAUUCUAAUUCUAUUGAAUUAGCUUUAGCUUUUCUUCUUCAACGAGCGCUGUAAAAUUCUGCCGGUGUUCGGGGUAUUAUUUGAAAAAUCAUUAAUAUCAACGUUUUAAUUUUUCCAAGGAUAUUGAAAAGAGGACACAAAAUUCUGAACUCAAUUCGACAUUUGUUCCACAGUUAUCCAUCGAUCAUGCCUGGUUAUACAUGUGAUUGUAUUUGCGAGGAUGGCAAGUCUAUUGAUGCUAAAUACCUCUGCCCCUACUGUGAAAAGGUACUGAGGGAUCCAUUUCAGACGAGCUGCGGUCAUCGCUAUUGCAAGACAUGUGUGGAGCCACUGUUGAGGUAUAAAUAUAUGAAAAGAUUGUUUAUGAAUUGGCUAAAUGUUUUUCCUUUCCUUGAUCCCCAGAAUACAUUUCUUUGUAUAAAUGCUGUUAUGACUGUAUCGCUCUAUUGUGCUUAUUAAAAUGCUCAGAUAGAUCCCAUCAGCGGAAAUUUUAGGGCUUGUAGUGAAGUUUGCCCAUAGCACGGUCAUGGCAAAAUGCAGCGUUUAAUGGGUCUAGCAUCAAGAAAUCAGAUUUUAUGUCAAUAUGAUAUUCAUUACAGGCAAAUCUUGUCUUUAGGUCGCCAUUUCCAAAGUGUGUAGUGGAUGGCGAAGAGAUCGGAGAGGUGAGACAAACUCGAAACAAACAGCAUUCCUGUCGAAAAACUUAGACAACUGCUUAUUGCAGAGGAUACCGAUUCUACCAAAUCCUUCUUUUGUACAGUUCUAACAAAAUGAAGUUCGUUUAAGCUCCGCUGUCUAAUCGGGGGGCUAUGUUCUUAAACUUACUUAAAAACGGUAGGUGAAGUAACGAUCUUCGCAAGUAACCUGCAAUUAAAGCAAUCGAGAAAAGGAACCAUGAAAUAGAAAUUCAGUUUUCGACGGAAUUCGAACCUGUGCUAGUUUGGCGCAAUAGAUUACAGUUAAUAUAAACUCUUGUCAGGCGCUACUACCAACUGAGUUACAAACCCACACGGAAUUCAGGCCAGGAAGGAAGUGAUCUUGAACUUAUAGGUGAACUAGGUUCACUCUCGCUGUCUCUAUCUUGCUCCACAAUGAACGGUCCACCGAGGUUUGACCUAAGAUGCUGACAAAGAGAUUUUGCUUAACAGGCAAGAGCUCCCGUAUUUGUUGAUCAUUUCCAUUAUUCUCAUGACCUAAAUGUUUGAUUCAGCUGUGAUACUGUAAUGAGGAAUUAGAUGCAAUAGUCACUCUUAGAGGUUAAAGGGUUGAAGAGUACCUGAAAGUUAAACUGUCAGGUAAACUUGACGAAUUGAUUGAGGGGAGCUCCCAGCUGUGAAUUGGAGAACGGAAGGAGUACGUAUAAUAUUCCUUAUCGUUGCGUGUUACUGAAACCGAGAUAAGCCGUGGUGGACUAGGCCACUUGGCUCACAAGUCGACCCCACCUUUUGAAACCAAAGGUGCAUCUUUCUAAGAAAUCAGAAUAGCGAUCUCAAUUAUAAUGUUUACAUAUAUAAAAUAAUCUAAAAUGAAUUUUAUCUCCCACCAUCAGACAUUUGAAGACAAGUUUGCGCAGCGUGAAAUCCUGUCGUUACCAGUCCAGUGUGCAAAUCACUGCGACAGCUGCGACUGGAGUGGGGAACUGGGGCAGUUGGAGGUAUGUUAGCAUCAAUUCCAACAUAUCUUAUGGAGUUUAGGGAGCUAGCUAGAAAGACACAGAAAGAAAAGUUGUCGUGAUUUUGCAUCGUCAGUCAGCAUUCGGCUCAGACGUCGAGAAGCUCAUAAUGCACACUAAGUUCUAACUCGUGACUAUUCAUUUUAGAAACAUGAGGCCCAGUGCCCCUAUGCCAAGGUCCCAUGUGUGCAUUCCAGUUGCGGAACUCUUGUUCGGAGAGAUGACUUACCUCGGCACCUUAUGGAGGAUUGUAUCUUCAGAGAGCAGCAGUGUGGGUAUUGCUCCAUAAAGACUACAGCUGAUAAGCUUGAGGUAUGGUCGGUCUUUUAUGAUUAUUUGAUAAAUUUCUAUGCACUUCGCUAUUUUCUUGUUAGAACUAUAGGAAACUGUAAAAUAUAGCAUUCAAGGUGUCAUGACUUCCUCAAACAAAUCACUGCAGAUUGAAUGGCCAAAAAAACAAAAACAAAAAAAACAAAAACGAUUCUUUCCUGGUAAAUAAGAUCUCAAGUUUAUGAAAGUUAGUUCUGAAUUUGAUAUGCAAACAUGUAAGGAUUUAAUUCUGAUUGGUGAGAUGCACGGAGCAUCCAGCUAAUGCUACCACAUGUCGCAUAACAAGUAUUUAGAAUGAUUAGCAUUUCUAGCACAGCAGUAGUCGAUUUCAAACUCAGAUUUACAUUCUUAAUUGUAAACUGUAGGAACAUCUUGAAAAGGAGUGCCUAGAAUACCCUGUGGAUUGUUUGCAGUGUAAAACUGAAAAAAUUUCACGAAAGCAGGUAAAGUUAUCAGUCAAUCCUUUUGUAACUUUUGUUUUGUACACAAAAGAGAAAAUCUUUGAUAGAUUACCAUAAACAGAAUUGUUGUUCCGUUUUGAUUACAACCGGUAAAUAUCGCAUUCUUGUCUCUGAAUACCCACAGGCAGCCUGUUUAAAAAUUUGAUAUCCACAGUAGUGUUCAUAAGUAAGAAGUUCAGAAAGAGAAAAUCUUUGAUAGAUUACCAUAAACAGAAUUGUUGUUCCGUUUUGAUUACAGCUUUCGAAUCACCUUGAUCCUGUUAAUGGAGACUGCGAGAGUUAAAGAGAAAGAAAGAGAGAGAGAGAGAGAGAGAGAGAGAGAGAGAGAGAGAGAGAGAGAGAGAGAGAGAGAGAGAGAGAGAGAGUGAUUGAUGAAGUUCUUAAGAAAAAGUCGGUCACAAUUCUAGAUGCGACUCUAACGUUGAUCAGCCUUUCUCAAAAACGAGCUAAAAUCAUUUGUAUCAGAAAGUGUGUGUACAUUUUAAAAAUAUUAACUAUACACCUAGACCUAACGGGGAGUUGGUGUGUCUAUUUGCAGGAAAUGAAAAGGAAAGAACGUAGAAAACACCAGGAUAAACAAGUAUCUGAUCAUUUGACACUCCUUUUUCUGUUUGUGGACCAAUUGUCUAACUUGUUUCAUUCCAAACUUGGCGAUGUUGACGCCGGAGUCAUUUCUAAAAUGGAUUCAAUCCUUAAAACUUUACAAAACAAGGUAGAUGUCAUAAUCGGUGAAAAUUCUAACCUAACAUCAAUGGUUCAAGGACAUGGCACUCGCUUAAGUAAUCUUGAACAAAGUAUCAAGCGUUAUUUAAUGGAUGACGUGGUAGCCGACAGUGCUCCUUUAAAUUCAUCAGCGCAUCGCUCUUCGCAAGCUGAAAUUGUGAAUAUUCUACAAAAGCUGGACAAUCAGGAUGCUAAGGCAGCCAAUCAUGAAGUUCUUUUGGUUGAAUUUAACUCGGAAAUUCAAAAUAGGAAUAGAGAAAUAAAAAGACUGGAGGCUCAGCUUAAAACUGCUAACGAUGAGAUAAGAAAACUUCAACGACGGACGGAGUAUCUAGAACAUACUCUAGGUGCUAGAAACAUUGCUAUAGCUGAGCUUGAAGAUUACGUUAGGCAAGAGCAAUUCUCAAGCUACAAUGGUGUGCUUUUAUGGAAAAUUACUGACUUCACCCGAAAACGAAAUGAGGCGAGAUCCGGCCAACACGUAUCUACUUAUAGUCCCUGUUUCUAUACUAGUCGUCACGGUUAUAAGAUGUGCGCGCGCAUCUAUCUUAACGGUGAUGGUAUCGGAAAGGGAACACAUUUUUCAAUAUUCUUUGUUGUUAUGCGCGGUGAGUAUGACGCAAUACUCCGCUGGCCAUUUAGACAAAAGGUCAGCUUUAUGUUAUUAGAUCAGGAUAACGUAGAACACGUAGUUGACGCCUUCAGACCUGAUCCGAGUAGCUCCUCAUUCCAGAGACCAAAAAGGGAUAUGAACAUAGCCAGUGGGUGCCCGACCUUCUGUGCUAUGACACAGUUAAAUAACCACGCUUAUGUAAAGGACGAUACCAUGUUUAUCAAAGUUAUUGUUGAUACUGGGGACUUAUAA